GAAAAGAUCUGUGGACGACAUUUCUUGUCUCUGUUGAGAGUAUUUUAUUUGUGUGUCUGUGUCUCAUCAUGAGGAGUGAUUUGUUCUUUGUGCUGUUAUCAGGGUUUCUAUCAGUUCAAGAAAUGGCAAAUGGAGCAGAAGAGAAUGCAGCACUAUGGGGCACAAGCAGUCAGUCUUCAAAUUACGUGGAUUUAUAUUCAACAUAUGCUAUUGAUGGUGAUCCCACCACCAGGUCUGAAACCGCCACAGAGACCAACCCGUGGUGGAGAGUGGAUCUACUGAAUGUAUACAGAGUGAACCGAGUGGCCAUCACUAACAGAGCUAGCUACUAUUUCUUCAGGAUAGAUGGUUCAGUUCUUCGAGUUGGAAACUUUCUUGACAUGUACAGCAACCCCAUAUGUGCUGCAAUUUCUACUAUUCCAUCUGGGGUCACAGCAAACUUCUCAUGUGGUGGAAUGGAGGGACGUUAUGUGUAUAUACAUAUUCCUGGAAAUCAGAAGAUUCUUGCUCUCUGUGAAGUUGGAGUCUAUGGGUAUUUGUUAGAUAAUUUGGCAAUUGGAGGAACCGUUAAACAGUCAUCAACAUAUUUCUCCUGGUUUGCUGGACAGGCCAUUGAUGGUAAUCGAGGUUUCAAUACGCAGGCGAAUACAGCAUGCUCCUCUACCAACAUUGAGAGUAGCCCUUGGUGGAGUGUGGAUCUCAAUCAUGUGUACCAAGUCAACACGGUGGUCAUCUCUAAUAUAAUUUGUUGUCCAGAACGAAUUAUUGGAGCUGAGAUUCGUAUUGGAAACUCCUUGGAGAACGAUGGCAACAACAACCCCAUAUGUGCUGUUAUUCCCAGUAUUCCAGCAGGUAACUCCUCCAAAUUCUCAUGUGGUGGAAUGGAGGGGCGUUAUGUGAAUCUGAUCAUUCCUGGAAAUAUGAAACAGCUCACUCUGUGUGAGGUGGAGGUCUAUGGAGAAGGUCCUCUUUAUAAAAAAAUAUUUGUAAAGAUGCAGUUUAACUCCAAAGCUGAUUUGACCAACCCUAUAAUGACUGACAACAUUCUGAAACAGUUGGAAUCUGUUCUGGCAAACAGAGGAUACUCAAACGUGACAAUCAGUUGGUCUCAAACCCCAAAACAGGUCCCAAAGGUGGAAACUGCAAAAGCUCCUUGCAGAAAAUUCAACUAAUACCCUUCAAUAUCUUUGACAAGCUGAGUGCUAUUUCUUUUUUUACAUUGCCUGAAAUUUCUUCUGACAUUCAUGAUUACAUAUUUACAAUGUAAAGACUCUUAUAGCACAUCUGCUAAAUUUACUGUUGAUUCAAAUCAGUUGAUCUGUAAUGACUAGUUGAACUUGUGAUUUACCUAUAAUAUAUCAACAUAAUGCAUUAGAAAAUAGAUGAUAAAAAAUAAAACAAUCUAGAUGAACAAGUGCUAAAUGCUAAAUGCUAAAUGAUUAUUACCUAUGGAAAAUGUUUAUUUAUUAUGGUUUCUUUGGUGUCUACAAUGCAUUUUAUUUUGCAGAAUAAUUCAAGAGGAAAGUUGCAGUAGUCUUUAUUUUGUUAAAUAUCAGAUAGUCAUUAAAAAGUUCUAUCCAAAUACUCAUCACUGAUUCAGUUUCUUUGGAAGUCUGAUUCACAAUUCUUAUGAAUCUGGUUCAUAAUAAAGUUUGCCAUUUUUAGUGUG